GUAUAAAAAAGUAUCGAUAUAUAUCGAUACGAUGUCAACAACCCUAAGUGCAUUCCAUCUCUAGAUAGCCCUCUAUUCAAAGUGCAUUUUCUCGUUCUAAAAUAGCGUCUCGAAUCGAAAAUAAAUAGAUAAUCUCGAAUUUAAACAAUUAAAAUCGGCAAACUAGUGACAGAAAUAUUGUGGAACCCCGAUCGGCAGCCACUUUCUUCGCCAAGAUGCGCGAGUGUGAGUGAAACAAAUUCCAACAAUGCGCAACCAAUACACACAAGCGCCGCUUGAAUUUCUUUAUGCAAAGUGUACGCAACUAAAAGGGCAGCGGCGAAAGCAGUAUCAGCCAGCAGCAGCAGCAGCAGUAGGAGGAGGAAAAAUGUAAAAGCCUGCGUUGCUCGUCUAUAAAAACUAUUCCAAUUAACAAUCUCAUCGCAUAUCACAUCUGGUGGAUGGCGGCUAGAGCGCCGUAGAAGUCAGUAGAAGUAAUACCUCAUGGAUUCAUAUCACCAUAUCAGACAUUAUCCACCCUCAAGCACAAUCAGCACAGGAGCGGUGGUGGGCAGCAACACGUCAGCAAUAAACCGGCCGGAACUGCACCAAAAAUGCAACAGGGGCUCCCAUUCUAGUGACACCAGUUCGGCGUACAGUGGCAGCGAUACAAUGGCCUCCAACUACGCAUCGUCGCUGGAGGCGGAGGAGAUAGACCUCUCCGGUCUGGUCGAAUCGGUUGUGGAUUCCGAUGAGGAGGAUCUGGCGGAGAGCAUGGAUAGCUUAACGGUGCGGGAUGCAGUGAGGGACUGUCUGGAGAAGGACCCAGCCGAACGGAGUGAAGAGGAUGUGGAGGUGCUACUGGAAUUCACGCAGGGCCUGAAGGCCUUCACCAACAUCACCCUGGCCGUGCGCCGGGCCCUCUGCUCGGUGAUGGUGUUCGCCGUGGUGGACAAGUCCGGCACGGUGGUCAUGUCAGACGGCGAGGAGUUGGAUUCCUGGUCCGUUCUCAUCAACGGAGCUGUGGAGAUCGAGCACGCCAACGGCAGCCGCGAGGAGCUGCAGAUGGGCGACUGCUUCGGCAUUCUUCCCACCAUGGACAAGCUCUACCACAGGGGCGUGAUGCGAACCAAGUGCGACGACUGCCAGUUCGUUUGCAUCACCCAGACCGACUACUACCGCAUACAGCACCAGGGCGAGGAGAACACUCGGCGGCACGAGGACGAGGAUGGUCGGGUGGUCAUGGUCACGGAGCUGCGAAGCUGUGGGGCCGAUUCGGCCGGCAGUGCUGCAUCAGCGGCAGGAGCAUCUGCCAAUCUGAACACCAAGCGUGGCCACGUAGUCAUCCGGGGCACACCCGAACGACUGCUGCAGCAAUUGGUGGAAGAGAACUCGGUGACAGAUCCCACCUACGUCGAGGACUUUCUGCUGACGCAUCGCAUCUUCAUCCAGAACCCGCAGGAAGUGAGCAGCAAGCUCCUGCACUGGUUCGACUUGGAACAGGCGGACGCGCACAAGACCCAGGAGCUGCGGGACCGAGUCACUCGCGUUGUCCUCCUCUGGGUGAACAAUCACUUCACGGACUUUGAGGCGGACCACGAAAUGAUGGAGUUUCUGGAGGUGUUCGAGGCGCUGCUGGAGCGCAAGAAGCUACUGAGCCAGCUGCGGCUCCUGCACAUCGCCUGCGCGGCCAAGGCCCGCAUGCGCAGCUGCACCCUGACGCGCUCCUCCCGGGACGAGCCCCUCAACUUCCAGAUAGUCGGCGGCUAUGAACUGCGAAGCGUGGCCGCAGCCACCGGAAACGCGUCGGUGGGCAUCUACAUUUCCCACGUGGAGGCGGGAUCCAAGGCCCAGGACGUGGGUCUCAAGCGCGGCGACCAGAUCCACGAGGUCAACGGGCAGUCGCUGGACCACGUGACGAGCAAGCGUGCCCUCGAGAUCAUCACCGGCACCACCCACUUGAGCAUCAGUGUGAAGAGCAACCUGCUCGGCUUCAAGGAAAUAAUGCAGGCUCUGGAACAUGGUGGCGGAUCAGCUGGAUCCGGCGGGCUCUCCGCUGGAAGUGGCAGCUUCAAAAGUCUGCGAAGUCCACGCCGCAUAUGCGCCAACGACAUCGCGAAGCUGCACGGCCGGUCGGACAGCACCACGGACGAGCUGGCCAGCGUCGCAGCCAGCAACCGGGCUCACAUGGUGCGCCUCAGCUCGGUGGAUAUGCUGCUCGAUCAGCCGGACUGUGCGCCGCCCCAGACGCCGCCGGUGAGUGGCGGCAGUAUGGCCUCCAACUUCAUGCAGCAACUUCUGCAGAGCGUCAACAGCAGCUCGGCCAAGAAGGGGGCAGGAAGCAACUCCGGCAGCAACAUGCACUCGGACCAGCAGGACACUAAGGGCGGGUUCAUGACCCUGGCGCCCAAGCGUCGGCUGCAAAAGGCCCUGGCCAAGAUGAACCUCCUGAACAAGCAGCAGCACCACGUGGGCAGUCUCAACGACUCCUCCGACGCUCUGCUCAACGAGCCAAAGUCAAAGCUCCAGCCAGGCGGCUCGGUCAGCUCCACGCAGCCCUCGAGCAACGGGUCGGCUGGCAGUGGCCGGCUCUACCAGUCCCAAUCGAAUCCGGAUCUGACCAGUCUCAACUACGACGCCAACAGCGAGUCGGGAGGAGUGGGUGGCACCCUGCAGGCCAACUAUCUGGGCGCCCAUCUUCAUCGGCCAUCGGCGGCCAGCACCCUGACCACCAACUCGACCCAAUCCCACCUUCUGCCCGACUACCCGGAGCACGUGCUGAAGGUCUACAAGUCCGACCAGACGUGCAAGUACGUGCUGAUCUACAAGGAGACUACGGCCCACGAGGUGGUGAUGCUGACGCUGCAGGAGUUCGGCAUCCACGACCCCAGCUCCAACUUCUCGCUCUGCGAGGUGAGCGUCGGGGAGGGCGGGAUGGUGAAGCAGCGGCGCCUUCCCGACCAGCUGCAGAACCUCGCGGAGCGCAUCAGCUUCGCGUCGCGCUAUUACCUCAAGCUAAACGACAGCACGGAGCCCCUGGUGCCGGACGAACUGGCGCUGGAGUUGGUGCGGGAGUCCGGUGUCCACUUUCUGCAUCUGAACGCCUACGAGCUGGCCAUACAGCUGACGCUGCAGGACUUUGCCAACUUCCGCCAGAUAGAGUCCACCGAGUAUAUUGACGAGCUGUUCGAGCUGCGCUCCCGGUAUGGAGUGCCCAUGCUGAGCAAGUUCGCCGAGCUGGUCAACCGGGAGAUGUUCUGGGUGGUGAGCGAGAUCUGCACGGAGCACAACAUUGUGCGGCGCAUGAAGAUCGUGAAGCAGUUCAUCAAAAUAGCUCGCCACUGCAAGGACUGCCGCAACUUCAACUCCAUGUUCGCCAUCAUCUCGGGCCUGGGACACGGGGCCGUGUCCAGACUCCGGCUGACGUGGGAGAAGCUGCCAUCGAAGUAUCUGCGGCUGUUCAACGAUCUGCAGGACCUGAUGGAUCCCUCGCGCAACAUGAGCAAGUACCGGCAACUGGUGUCCGCCGAACUGCUGGCCCAGCACCCCAUCAUCCCGUUCUAUCCGAUUGUCAAGAAGGAUCUGACCUUCAUCCACCUGGGCAAUGACACGAGAGUCGACGGGCUCAUCAACUUCGAGAAGCUGCGGAUGCUCGCCAAGGAGGUGCGCCUGCUCACCCACAUGUGCAGCUCCCCCUACGACCUACUGGCCAUCCUGGAGCUCAAGGGCCAGUCGCCCUCCAACGCCCUCUUCUCGCUCAAUCAGAUGUCCGCUUCGCAGAGCAAUGCCGCUGCCGGAGCGGUGAUCGCCGCCAACGCCGGCCAGGCGACGAUAAAGCGCCGCAAGAAGUCGGCGGCGGCGCCCAAUCCCAAGAAGAUGUUCGAGGAGGCCCAGAUGGUGCGUCGGGUGAAGGCCUACCUCAACAGCCUGAAGAUACUGAGCGACGAGGACCUCCUGCACAAGUUCUCGCUGGAGUGCGAGCCGCCGCACGGCUCCACCUACUCGGGCAGCAUCUCCCACGGCAGCAACUCCCACCGCAGCGUGGGCAACUCCAGUGGCAUUGGUGGCAGCAGCUCCGGCGGCGGGGGAGGCGCCAGCUCCAGCCUCAACGCCGGCGAUCAACUGAGCAUAUACUCACAGACCAGCUCCAGCUCGGCCCCCAAUUCGUCGCUUUCCCUGCGAAAGCGGCACCCCAGUUCGCCCACCCUCUCCACCACCAGUUCGACCAGCUCCACCAGCGAUCAUCAGCGCCGCCAGCUGCACAACAACGGGCCCAAGUUCGGCACCGCCUCGCCCCAGGCCGUCAAGAAGAUGCUAUCGUUGUCGGAGUCCUCCAAGAUUCGCCCCCACCAGCCGUUCGUGCCGCGCCACGGCUCAGCCCUACCCGGCGUCAUCCCCCCACUCCACCACAUGCACGCGGCCCACGGCUUUAGUACGCCGGCAGGAGUGCCCAGCGGAAUGGCCACCUCCCCUGCAGCCGCUGCGGUGGUCAGCUCUCAGUGUACUCCCACUCCGAGUCCCUGCUCCCAUCGACGCCUGGCAUCAGCAGGCAACAUCAUGCCCACUCGCGCCAUCCACGAGCGCUCCCACUCGGAUACUCCUGCCCCGCCACCACCCCUGCCGUCGGUCGAUCUCUCCCUGGAGAGCAGUAGUGUGACUACCUUUCGCGAACUGCCACUGCGCAAAUCCGUGACAUCCGGUUCCAUAUCGUCGUGCGACAGUGGCUAUGCCCAUCAGCAGCAGCAGCAGCAGCAGCUCCACCACCACCACCAGCAUCAUCACAACCCACAAUACCAACAGCCAAUGGCAAGUGCACAGUACGAGAUCACCUCGCCGGUGUACACGGUGGCCGACUGCCGGCUGCUCCAGCAGAUAUCGAACAGCGCUGUGACCCGCAACCUGAACAGUCCCUGCCAGAACACGAACACAGCACCCAGCACACCCACCCCACCACUGAACCAAACCACAGCAACUAUCCAGCUCUCUGCACCGCCAACGGCAGCGGCAUACAUGCAAAUGCGCAGCCAGCACCACCAGCAGCAACUCCAGAAACAGCAGCAAUCUCUGGCCAUGCCACCGCCACCACCUCCGCCGUACAAUGUGCCACCGAUGGCCAAUCUGUACCAUCACCACGGUAGUGCCGGCAACGAGCACCUCAAUCACAUACACGGUGGCCCGCCAAAUUUUAUGGAUAACACCAAGUGUACCAUAUGCUCCAUGCCACCCAUGAACCCAUGAACCCAUAAUGAAUCAAACUGUGCUGUUUUAUCCGCUAACUUUAAAAUUAGUUAUUUGUGAGUAUGCCAGGUGUAGAAGCGAGAGUGUUUUAGGCUUUUUCUUAUAAAUUUUACAAAAUAAUAACUCAAAUAAAAAAGACUUUUAAAGAGGAAACCACAUACCAUUAAUGAAGAAACAGAAAUUUAAGAAAUAAACUUAUGGAAUACCAAGUAUCUCAAUAAGUUCUAAAGUUACGAAAAUCUAUAAAGUUCGUGCAAUAUUUUAAAUCUAUUUCUUUCAAUUAAUUUCCACAGAAAAAAGGCAAAUUAAAACCAUGAAACUAUUUUUAAUUAUUCUUUUCUUUGUUGAGUACAUAAAACACACGUUUUUCUCAAAUAUUUAAAAUAAGGAGAGUAAUUCUCAAAAAAGGAAUUUAAUAGAAUAGGAACAAGGAUAUAUCUUCCACAUUCCCCCAGAUCUAAGUGUCGAACCUGAACCAUACUACUUAUAGACAGAACUGUAUAUUAAACAAUUAAAUUAAAAGCACUAUUUCUCUCUAUGUACACUGCAAAAAAAACAAAGAAUACUUAAACAUAAUUUUCCGAAAAGAUUACAUAUAUCUUUUCUGGUUUUAAUUUGUCUUUUUCUAACAUUUGUCUAAAAACAUGAAACUAAAAUAUAAUUUCAAUAACCUUUCUCACUUUUACCCUUAAAAUUCAAUAAAAAAAUAAUAAAACAAAUAUUACCUGACCGCUCCUAUGGCAGCUAUUUAGUAGUUUUUUAUAACUUCCUUCGUCAGCUUAGAUAUCAGUCUUAUAAUCUUAGCUCCUAAAGGCAGUAAAUGUCUAGACAAGGACUGAAAAAUAUGGCCUUUUCUGUUUAAGAAUAUAUAUAGAGUUUUUGGGGUAAACUUUCUUAAACUAAUUUAAAUAAAUAUUCAAAUGUGGUCUCCUCUUUAAACCAGUUUUGAAGUUCUUUCAACCAAAAUAUAUAUUUUUUUAACUAUUUAUAAGAAAAGCUUGCAAAACACUCUCUUAGAAAACAUAAAGGAGGGCUUCGAACUAAAAAUAUAAUUUUGUAUUCGUAUAUUUUUAGUAAAUAGAGUUGCCAAAAUUUGUUAAGGUUGUGGUUUCGAUUAAAUCCAAUCAUCUUUCCGCUACACCGAAGCAUAGAGCACUGUCUGGAAUGUAAUAAUUAGCCUACGAACUUAUUAUAAUUUAGCCAAAUUCCAAACUCCUCCUGAAGCUCCACAUUUGAUUGCCUUUUCUCUUAAAAGAAGAACAGUCUGCAGGCAGACCCCCUAAGCAGACCUAAAUAUAAUGUUUCUUAAGAGCUUGUGUCGGCAUUUAGAAGUGUAAGAACCUAAGAUACGAAUUUCAAUGCCCAAUGCCCAGCACAAGAAAUCAUAGCUCUCACAUUAAUUCCACUAAUCAGUACACACUUUCACCUUUCGCGCUUUUUAUGCUUAUGUACAAGUUUGCUACUACAUACUAUAUAUACGUUACCUUGAAAA